AUGAGACGCUCGAGCACAGAUGAGACUCCGUACCGGCGCAGUCCAUCUCUGGACAGCAAACCUGACACACCGCCUUUCACUUCUGGGUUUCACCGCUUCAGUGGGGAGUUUGAGUAUAAGCGGCCGCCGUUUGCAUUCGGCUUCCACACGACAAAGGGGCCACAGACGUCCAAGGGGCGCUACGCCCAAGGGAAGAAGUAUGUGGUGUUUUACCUGGACCUCUCCUUCAUAUUCCUCCUAGAACUGCGUCGCUGCAGGAUGGCCGAGGGUUGUAUGAUGGCCCUACGUUAUGGAAUGGUCUUCUUCAACCUCCUUUUCUGGUUGGGAGGAUGUGGCAUACUGGGAGUAGGAGUCUGGCUCUCAGUGACCCAGGGUAACUUCGCCACCCUAUCAUCAUCCCUUCCCUCCUUGUCGGCAGCCAACCUGCUUAUCGCAGUGGGGACCAUCAUCAUGGUGAUUGGCUGUCUGGGCUGUGUGGGAGCCGUCAAAGAGAGCCGUCCUCUGCUGCUUACGUUCUUCAUCCUCCUCCUGCUUAUCUUCUUCCUGGAAAUUCUGUCCAUCAUGCUUUUCUUCAUCUACCAAGACGAGAUCGAUCACUAUGCCCAGAGGGAUUUAAAGAAGGGCCUUCAGCUUUUCGGAACAGAGGGCAACGUGGGUUUGACCAACGCCUGGAUGAUAGUACAGACUGAUUUUCGCUGCUGUGGAGUUACCAACCACACAGACUGGUUUGAAGUUUACAAUGCAACCCGUGUGCCGGACUCCUGCUGCCUGGAGUACAGCGACAACUGUGGUCUGGACAACCCAGGAACAUGGUGGACAGCGCCGUGCUACGAGCGGGUGAAGGACUGGCUUAAUGAGAACCUGGUGGCACUUUGGAUCUUUGCUCUAUGCACAGCACUUACUCAGAUCCUUGGCCUGGUCUUCUCGAUGACGAUGUUCUGUCAGGCAGUGAAAGUGGAAACCUUCUACGCCUAGCGAUCGACCUCUCUGCCCUUCAGCACACUUGGAUUGCUUCUCAUCAGAGAGGAACAGAUAUUUACCCACCCUCCCUCCUCCUCCUCCUCCUUCUCCUCGUUCUCCUCCUCGUCCUUGUCCUCCUCUUCCUCCUCCCACGACAGACUCUUCUUUCCAACACACUUGUCCUCUGUGACAUUCCUUAUUGGAGAUCUAAAAGCUCACAGUUUUUUCCGCUAACUAUCAACAAGCACAGUGUCAGUGUAAUACCUGAGUUGUUUUCUAUGGUUUGCUCUGUGUCAAAAGCUAAUUUCUGUGAUACAUUUUAUGAAGCAGUAUUAUGAACAUGUAUAAAAAGGUGUAACCCUCCCUCCCCCUUUUUUAAUAUGUGUUUGUUUUAAAUUAUUUUAUGGUUUGUAUGUGUUUUAAAAAUGAGAGCUAAAAAUUGGGAAAGCGCAAGUGCAUGUCUCCUGCGAUGGUGUGUAUUAAA